AUGAUUAGUUUGCUGAAUUCAUCAGUACAUGAUGACUAAUAUCAUUCAAAUCACAAACUCAAAAAAAAAUAUUAGGUUCACAGACAAUACAAAAUUCCUGAUUUUGACAAUACUAGCAGAUUCAACAUUUUAAGAGGUUCUCCUAAUUCCAGCAGAAAAUACAUUACUAUUGAACCGAGUAAAUAAUCAUUAGAUUGUGGCUCAGCAUUUCAGGGAUUUCAAAUUAGAGUCCUCAAACCGCAGGAAAGGUAUGAAACUCAAAAAGAAGAAAAAUACAUUCCAAUCACUAAAAGUGCAUAACUUAAAAGAAGAAAGGAAAAGAAAGAAGACAACAUCAAUCAAACUCAAGACGAUUUACUACUACCUAAAUUUUAUUCACCUAUUCAAACCCCAAGGAAGCUUGCUUUAACAAAAAUGAAGGAAUCAAUCUACAAGCCCUUUUUUAGUAAGUCUGAAAAUGUCGACCACAUAAUUACUAUUAAUUCAAGAUCUCAAAUAUACGAUCAAUUAAAUAAAGGGAUGAAUUUGAAAUGUUUGUAUUUCUCCUAAAGAUAAGAGACUAUCGAUAAAAUUAUUGUUAUCAACUUUGAUAAUUUAAUUUUGGGAAAAAGGAAGUCAUUUUGGGAAUAAUCGAGUGAAAUCAAAUUAUGUUCUAAGCUAUUUGCCUCAUAAUGUGAUAAUUCCUUUUGUUCAUGUGUCCUACAAAAAGAUCUUAAAUCAACACUGCAAUUAUUGUCGAAACAUUUUUAUGUGAUCUUCAUUUUCGAAUGCGGAUUAAGAGGAUCCACCUGGUCAUCAUACUUAAUUGAUUGUGGUUUUGUUAUUGAUGCCAUCUAUUGCAUUUAGAAAUCUAAAUUAUGUGGAGGAGGAGGAGGACUUAAAAUGAAAUAAAUUAUUUCUCAUUUUGGCAAAUCUCAAAUUAGGGAACUGAUCUACUUUGGAUUGAUAGACACUGAUCUCUAUUCUGACAAUUUGCCCAUCGAGUAGUUCUACUAUUAAAUUCCAAUUGUAUAGUAGUAAGUUUCGGUUCAAAUCUUUUUGAUGCAGUUAUAAAAGUCCAAAUCCAUCGAUUCUAAAUUGCUUUAUGAAAUCAGCAUGCUUCAUUGCAAUCAGAAGGACUCCUUCAAUUACAAAAAAUGGUUAAAUGUUAUAAAAUUAAAUUUGCAACCAAUUAUUUCUUAGAUGAUUUAAAUGGAAUAAGAGGAUGAAAUUUCAAAUUCUAUAUUUAAAAAUCUUAAUUUAGAUCACUCUUAAAGAAACAUUUCGGAUGAAGAAGAAGAUAAAAACAGUUUAUUACAGUGGUUAUAUCAAACCAAGAGAUUGCUAUUGGAUUACUUUAAAAGUAUUAAUAGUGAAGAAUAAAAUUAAAAUCCUAUUACUUUGAUUGGAGAUUUCUUAAGAAGAAAUUCUUCUAUUGAGAUGAAUUUUCUUACUCAAGAUUAUGUAAAAUAAGCUAAGCGUUUCAAUUUGUAUAAUGAAUUAAAAGCUUCUACUACAGCACAGGCAACUUUUCGGAAAUAAAGUAAAAUGGAAUGCUUUGUUAUUUAAGAUUGA